AUGUCCAGUAAGUCACCGCUACUGAACCAUGCUAUUAGCCACUUAUACGAAUUUAUCCAGCUCUGGCCUGCCCUUGGCCUUACGAUCAAACAAGAAGACAUCCAGUAUGAACCGCUCUACGACGGAGCCCCAAACCUCUAUUUCAUUAUCGAACACCUACAUAAGUCGUCUGUACUCCUCUCACCACCGCAUAGUCCAACCGCUCGUCUCAAUGGAAUAGAGUGUUUAUUUCGUUACCAAACAAAUAGCUCAGAUAUAGACAAGACAGAUGCUGGAGAAUCCAGAAAUUGCGACGUUGAUACCGAAGACUGUGCCUUCAAGGCAGCUCUACAAUACCAAGUAUCAGACUUGACAGACGACACUUCCAACAGUGCAGUCCAUGAUUACUAUUGGGAAGAGCCAAUGCUAGAUUCUUUCGCCGAUCAUUCUAGGCAACAAUGGGAGGAUGCGGGUUACUUAGCUCAAAGGGCGCUAUGCGUAACCAUUGGUAUCAGGAAGCGUAUGCGUGGCUUACGAUUAUUCCAUCUGGAUACCCGCCCCUCGCUGCUUGAACUGGCCCCUGCUAUCUGGAACGCUCACUAUCUAAAGGUAGUGGCGUGUCAUGCAAAGACCAUUCCCAUUAUUUCAACCAUUCUGGCUAAAUCAUCGCAACAUCAGUCGGCAUCUGUACGGCAAAAAGGUAGGAAGCUAUUGCUAGAAGAUGUCUCCCGCGACAAAGACUGUGAUAGCAUGGAGACUGAAGUCGAACCAAACGCCUAUCUAUGUUCCAUCCAGAAAAGGCUUUGGGAUUUGGUACAAACAACACUAAAACCGACUAUUCAAAUAAAGAAGACUGGGAUUGGUGUUGAUACACCCCGACGCGAAAACACCAAUUGGCCUCUCAUGGUUAUGCCUCCAGACAUGAACUUAGAGGGAUAUGAAAACGGCGAUUAUUUCUACAUGCUAGACGGAAGCACCGACAACGACUUUAACUUCGAAUAUCCUUAUCAGCAUCUCGAGUCUCUAGAGCCUCUAGAUGAGGAAUGUAGGAAUAAUUUCGACGUAACACCCGAAUACGAGCAAUGUUAUUAUGAGAACCAGAAUAUGAUUGUUCUUGAUGAAGACGCUCUUCCAGGAGUCAUUGACAAAAUAGAGAGGGAACCAAGCCAUUCACCGGGCAGUAGUCCUCCGGAUGCUCUCCCUCUCCGAUCUUCGGGUAUACUAGAACUACGGGACGCUUCAACCAUUCAGCAAUACCUUCCCGACCAUUUUAGGAAUCCUAUUAUGGACAUGGAUGAUCUAUACACACCUGAUUAUGCCUACGACGUUGCGGACAUCUACGACGAUACAGAUGAGCUGCCAUGUAACACCGGACAUAUGCUCUGGGGCAUGGAACAAAGUAUGUAUAAUGCUGAAGACGAUGAUCCCACGAUAGAUGAAGGAGCAAUAGAUCACGACAAUGAUGACAAUGGGGAACGAGCAGGUGCUCAGGAUAUAGAAAUGUAUUGA